AUGGAUGAGCUAAUUCUCUCCAUGCUAGUGGACGAUACUGGUGUAACGCGAAAGCGACAGCAAGAACACAACUCACAGCAUCUGCAGGAUCUCUCGUCCGCUGCAGUGUUGCCAGCUGCAACCGUGACCGAACGUUCUACCAACAGUCGAGCUCCGUAUUCGACGCCUUCGACUAUCUGGGCCACGGUGGUGAGCGGCGGUACGAGCCUCGGUCAGGGCAGCAUUCCGACCCCGUUCGCAGUGUUGCUGGCGCACAAUCAGACUACCGGUGACCAUGGCUUCGGCCAGGGUUUCACCGGAGGUGGUGGGUCCGAUGCCGGGGAAGCGGGUGGCAGUGGGAGCGGCGAGGCCAUCGUUGGACCGGCCGCGUCGAUCGGGUUCGGUGGUGCGCUCGGUGUGUCCGUUACCGGCGGUACGACGGUAGCCACGAUCGUGUCCUCCACGCUGGCGAACGCCACACUGUCCGAGCACGAGCUGGACCUGGACACGAUCCGCAAGGUGAUCAUUUGCAUCGUACUGUUAGCUGUGAUAUUCGGCACGAUCGUCGGCAACAUACUGGUGUGUGUGGCCGUGUGUCUAGUGCGGAAGCUGCGCCGACCCUGCAACUAUCUGCUGGUGUCCCUCGCCGUGUCGGACCUGUGCGUUGCCUGCCUGGUGAUGCCACCCGCCCUGAUGUACGAGGUGUUGGGCGAGUGGAACUUCGGGCGCGUGUUCUGUGAUAUUUGGGUGUCGUUCGAUGUGCUGUCCUGUACCGCUUCCAUCCUGAACCUGUGCGCCAUCUCGGUGGACCGGUACUGGGCGAUCACGAAACCGCUCGAGUAUGGUGUGAAGCGUACACCGCGCCGCAUGAUGCUGUGCGUGGCGCUGGUGUGGUUAGCGGCCGCAUGCAUCUCCCUGCCACCGUUGCUCAUUCUCGGCAACAAGCACACGAUCGGCGAUGGGCCGGAACAGCGUCCGUUCUGUGCGGUGUGCGAAGAUGUCGGGUACCAGAUCUAUGCGACGCUCGGUUCGUUCUACAUUCCGCUCGCCGUGAUGUUGUUCGUGUACUAUCAAAUCUUUCGUGCAGCUCGGCGAAUAGUGAAGGAUGAAAAGCGGGCACAGACACGGCUCGAGAACAGCCUGGCGGUGGAUAAGCUGAGCGCCACCACGAAUGCGACGACGACGACGGCCAUGAGCUUGAAGCCGCCGGACUCGAUCGUACCGGCGAUGGGUGCCGGUACUGCGUUGGGCGCUGGCGGUGGAUCACCCCACCAGAAAAAGCUUCGCUUUCAGCUGGCCAAGGAGCGGAAGGCAUCGACCACGCUCGGCAUCAUCAUGUCGGCGUUUACGAUCUGCUGGUUGCCGUUCUUCAUACUGGCCCUAGUGCGACCGCUCAUGGACGAUGACUAUCCGACGCUGUCGUCGUUCUUCCUGUGGCUCGGGUACGCCAACUCGCUGCUCAAUCCCAUCAUUUAUGCGACGCUGAAUCGCGACUUCCGGAAACCGUUCCAGGAGAUCCUGUACUUCCGCUGCUCGAACCUAAACAUCCUGAUGCGGGAGGACUUCUACCACAGCCAGUACGGUGAGCCCGGGUCGCAGCGGUUCGUGCUGGAAAACGAAGGACAACACACUGCACGGGAAAGCUUUCUUUAA